AUGACAAGCGAGGGGCGGCGUCUCUCGCUGUCUUGGCCAGCAAAAACAAAACCUCAAUAGAGUUUCUCCAAAUACGUUUGGCGGCUUUGGGUCGUUGUUUCAUUUCGUUACGAGACUCGGUGGCAAACGGUCGCUAUACGCGUUUUAAUUCCCUCCAAAAAAAAAAAAAAAAACCAACUUCAAAAUCCAGUUGCAGCUACUCGAAAGCUAACUGCAAAAAUAAAAACAAAAAAAUUAAUACAAUAAAAAUUGAAAAUAAAUAGAAGGAAAAGCAAAUGCCUGCCUUCCACAUAGUCGUAAAACUGCUAAUGCUUCGCCUGCUGUUGGCCAAUUUAUCGGGUCUGUCGCCUGGGUCUCUCGUGUGUGCCGGCUAUGACUUUGGCUAUCAUCCCAGCGCCGAGGAGUUUGACAGUUUAUUGCGCGAGACGCGAACCUGGACACGCGAUCUUCUUGCCAACGGGCAACACCGCGAAACUUUUGUGCCGCGCUUCCAGAGACGUCACGAGUUGUCGCCACACAAAUCAGAGCUGGACUUUCAGCUCUUUAGCGACGUGGAUCAGGAGCAACAGGAACAGCAGCAGCAGCCAUUUGCUGUGUUUGAAUCGGUGCCCGAGUUGGAGAUACCAACCACGCAUGUGCAGAGUCAGCUGAUUGAGAUUCAAGAUCAACCACAACAUGCAACCACAGCAACAGCAACAUCAACAACAUCGACAUCGCCUGGCAAUGCCAGCUUUCCCAUCUUCUUUACGAAUCCCGCUACAGGCAUUGUAUAUGCCAUCAGCGAGGUAUCCAAGUCGCAUUCACAGUUACCCAAUGGCAGCAAUGAUAGCGAUGGCAUUGCCAUCUAUGUGACCAAGCAGCAAUACGAUGCCGAUCUGCAGGCGCUACGUCACAAAUACGAGCAGCAGUGCGCCAGUCCAGCUCAAUCGGUGCCAGCUCAAUCGGUCAUCUCCUCAUCCACUUCGUCAGUUUCCAAGAAGCCCGCUACGUUGACUACAGCGCGUCCACAGAUCAUACGCCUGCAGAAGCCGAAGAAAACGCCCGGCACAGCGGCGGGCAACAACAAGUUGCCACCGCACAAGCCACCGCCGGUCAUGGUGAGCAGCGGACACAUUAGUGAUCAACUGAAACUGCCCACAAGCACAGCGCGUCCACAGCGUCAGCCAAGUCGCACUCCGAAGCCGAAGCGCGGCAAGCGCAAGAAGAAAAAGAAACCCGCCAAACGGCGUCCAGGACACAAGUUGACCGUCUCCACCACAGCUGGACCGCAAAUUGUGCUGGGCAAGCGCACCACAAGUCGCCCGCCCACUGCCAGCUUAAGUCUGGCCACGCAGCUGGAGAAGCCUCAUAUGCCGCCACAGCCAACGGCAACGAUUGCCGCCGGCACCAUCUUCAAUGAGCAGCCCUUUGUGGUCUCCAGUGGUUACAUCGAGGUGCCCCAUCAACGGCAGCGUCGAGCGCUUGCCUCGCAGCCGGAGACUGUGGCCGCCAGACCCAUAAGCAGCGGCAAGAAGCGUCCCGGUAACAAUCGGCGACGUCCGAGCAGCGGAGGUGGAGGCGGCAGUCGCGGAACAGGCGGCGGUGGAGGACGUGGCAAGCCUCAGCAGGCGACGCCCACAAAGCCAGCGCUUAGUCAGCAGAAUGGCGAGUCUGGUUAUCGGAUACCAGUUGCAGUGCAUCUGCUGCACAACAAGCAUAAAGGCAGCGAAGAGGACGAACACGGCACUGUGCCUCGCAUCGGCGAGGAGCCUGCUAAGUUGCACUCGGAGGAACACUACAAAUUGUUGCCUAAGGAACCACCAAAGCUGCAUUCCGAUGAAUCCUACAAGCUUUAUCCUCUAGAACAUACUAAACCAAAUUCUGAGGAGUCUUCCAAACUGCCUGCCCAGGAACAUUCAAAGCUUCAUUCCGAGGAACGCUCCAAGUUAACUCUCCAGGAGCAUACUAAGCUAAUUUCUGAUGAACCCGCCAAACUCGAAGGCGCAAAGCCUCCCAAGCUGCAUUCCGAAGAUCCCUCUGUGCUGCACUCCGAAGAACCUUCUAAGCUGCAUUCCGAGGAACGCUCUAAGCUGCGGUCAAAGUUCACCGCCCGACGUAACAGUGCCGAGUCGGACUUUGAUUUAUUUGAUUUGUUCACUGGCGCAGAUUAUGAGGACGAUGAUGAUACGUACUACGAUCAAGAAGAGAAAAAGCAUAUCAAGUUGAUCAAGCGACUGGCGAACAGGCGCAAGGGAAGCACAAGCAAGCCACAGCAAGAGGAGAUAGACAGCAGCUCAGCAGAGGAGGGCGCCGAUUUUGGAGCUAUGGAGGAGGAGGAUCCCUCAAAAGGCGACAACAACAAACACAACAUUAGCAGCAGCAGUAAAUCCAAUACAACUGCCGCGCCAGUCACGCAGAGCGCAGAGAAAACAUCCUCGGAGGAACAGGAGCAGCAAUCCUCAGAGGAGCAGGAUCAACAUUCCUCAGAGGAUCAAACUGAAACGCACUCGAAUACCAAGCAGAGCAGCAGCAAAAAGCGUAUCAAGCGUCGUCCAGCGGGCGCUUCCGAAGAGUAUGAGUACGAUGACGAUGAUGACGACGAAGAUUCAGAAUCGGAUUCGGAGUCUGGCAUUAGCAGUUUCUUUCGCAUGAUCUUCUAUCCGGUGCAGGUGGCAAUGUCGCGCAUCUUUGAUGGCUUCACCGGCCAGUCGGAGGAGCAGAGCGCCGAGGCGAGUGCUAAACCCAAAUAUCCAACCAUAACGCUUUAUCAUAGCACCGCGCACAGCAAUAAUGAUUUGGCCAUCGACGAAGAUGAGGAGGAGGAUGAGGACGACAGAGUGGAUGAGAGCAGUUCGUUGAGCAGCUGGUUUAGCUACUUGUUUGGCCUGGGGCGACGCACCAAGAAGAUUGGCAGCACCACCACGGCCAGUCCAACGGCAGCUGCGCCGGCACCUUUGGAGGCGCCACCGUCAGAGCCAAGCGGUUGGCUGGAGUCUUGGUUUGGUUUUGGCAAAACAACAACGCAAGCAUCCAGUGAGGAGGAUGACUAUGACAAGUGGUUUUCCAGCUGGUUUGAAGGCACUGCGAAGCCGAAGGCACGUCGCCGCAAGACAACAACGUCCACAACGAGCACCACAUCGACAACGACAACGAUGCCGCAAAUGCCCAUCUUAACCAUUGUGGAUCCGCUGCGAAAUCCCCAAAACUGGAUUGGCAUUCUUGCCCAUCACAUUGCGAAUGCCACCGGCGGCGGCGGCGUCGGCACAGCAGCAACAACAAGUACCACGCACAAUCCAUUACUGCAAGCGCUAGUGUCACGUGCCACAAGCACCACAACGCCACAGCCCGAUGUGCCGCGUCGUAUUAGCUACGAGAAAUAUCAGAUCUGGCGACUGAAGCCGCAGGAUGAAGGACAGGUUCUUGCCCUAGAGGAGUUCAAGAAGGGCGAGGAUGGCAACAAGAUGCAGUGGCUCAAAGGUCCCAGUCUCAGAGGUCUGACGGAUGUUCUCGUGCCACCCAAGAUGCUAGUGGACUUUCAGGGCACGCUCAAUUUUGAGAACAUUGCCCACGAGGUGCUCAUCUUUGAUGUGGGCAAAGCCAUUGCCUAUGAGCGCACCAAGGAACAGUAUUUGUAUACAACACCUCCAGCCACGAGGCGACCCACCAAGCAUCCAGUGACAGCGCCUGCUAUGAGUUGGAAUAAAUACCAUGAACAUGAUGACAUAUUAAAGUAUCUCGAAACAAUGCGCAUGCGACAUGCUCAACUCCUAGAGCUGAUACACAUCGGGCGCUCCUAUGAGGGUCGUCCGCUCAUCGUGGUCAAGAUUGAGUCGAAACAGACUGCGGCGGCAGCCACUGCGGCAGCUGCCGCCAGUUACAAACGGCCGAAGCACAAGCGUCGUUCAGGACAGGCGAAUGCGGUGUUCAUAGAAGCGGGUUCGCAGGGUCUGGCGUGGAUUGGACCAGCAUCGGCUACCUGGAUGAUUGGCGAGCUGUUGCGAAUGAUGCGCACAAACAAGACCGAUGUGGAGCACGAGUUCAUACGCAACACGACGUGGUACAUAAUGCCAGUGCUCAAUCCGGAUGGUUAUGUCUAUAGUCACGAGUACGAUCGAUUCUGGAAGAAGUCGCGAUCGCAGCACGUGGCCAAGCCAAGUGGCGGACUGUUGGAUACAGCGAUGACGUGGCUGCAACAGAAGCAGGCCAAGGAAAAGGUGUGUUACGGUGUAGAUUUGGAUCGCAAUUGGAUGCAUCAGUGGGGCAAGCGAGGCAGCUCAAAGGGUCCCUGCAACGAGUUCUAUGCCGGUCCGGCGCCCUUCUCUGAGCCCGAAACGAAAGCAGUGUCCGAGUUUCUCAUGGAUUAUCGCACCCAAAUCAAGCUCUUUGUAUCACUGCAGGCGUAUGGUCAAGUGGUCUCGUAUCCCGUGAAAGCGAACUCCACCUUUAAUGCGGAGCGUCUGGAUGAUUUUCUCGACGUGGCCAUGGUGGGUGUCGAUGGAUUGCGCAAAAAGGGCAGCAAGUCGCGUUAUAAAGUGGAUUCGGCCAACGAUUUAAUUGAGCAGCGUUCGGGCUGUGCGGAUGCCUUUGCUGCCUAUGAGAUUGGCAUACCCUUUAGCUAUACCCUGCAGCUGGCCGAUAACGGCGUGCACGGCUAUUUACUGCCCAGCAGUGCCAUCGAGCCGACAGCCCGCGACGCCUUUGAGAUAAUUAAGGGCAUGUUGGACUAUAUCUAAGGCCCAAUAUCUCGCUUAUGAGAACAUUUUUCAUUGGAUUGCACCAAUGUAAACACUAUCUCGCUUAACGGCCUCAACUAGCACCCAAAAUAUAAAUAAAACAGGCCGCUAAGCAAGAAGACCUUAAAUGCAGCGAAGAGCAUUUCUCUUUUAGAUUUUUUUUGUGGCCGUUAAGUGAUAUGCCCCUAAGUGAACAAUGUGAAGGUUAAGUGUAU